CGCUUGCGCAGAAAGCCGGAGCCGCUUCGGCAGCGUUGGGGAGCAUGCAUAAGCUUAAAUCAGCUCAGAAGGACAAGGUCCGCCAGUUCAUGGCAUGCACUCAGGCUAGUGAGAAAACGGCUAUCUACUGCCUGACACAGAAUGAGUGGAAACUAGAUGAGGCCACAGACAGCUUCUUCCAAAACCCAGAGGCGUUCCACCGAGAGUCUAUGAAGAACACCGUGGACCAGAGGAGGCUGGAGCAACUGUAUGGAAGGUACAAAGACCCACAGGAUGAAAACAAAAUCGGGAUUGAUGGGAUUCAGCAGUUCUGUGAUGAUUUGAGCUUGGACCCUGCCAGCAUUAGUGUUUUGGUCAUAGCAUGGAAGUUCAGGGCUGCCACUCAAUGUGAAUUUAGCAAAAAGGAAUUUGUGGAUGGCAUGACAGAGCUGGGGUGUGACAGCAUGGAGAAACUGAAAGCUCUUCUUCCUAAACUAGAACAAGAGCUUAAGGACUCAGCAAAGUUCAAGGACUUUUACCAGUUCACCUUCACCUUCGCUAAGAACCCUGGGCAGAAAGGCUUAGAUUUAGAAAUGGCUGUUGCAUACUGGAAGUUGGUAUUGUCUGGAAGGUUUAAGUUUUUAGAUCUUUGGAACACAUUUCUGCUGGAGCAUCACAAAAGAUCAAUUCCAAGGGAUACUUGGAACCUUCUCCUAGAUUUUGGAAACAUGAUUGCAGAUGAUUUGUCUAACUACGAUGAAGAAGGAGCCUGGCCGGUCCUUAUAGAUGACUUUGUAGAAUAUGCACGAGCUGUAGUCACAGAAUGCAACCUAGAACCUGUUUGCAAGGCUGAAAGCAUGCUGUUGAGUUCAUGACGUUAAGAAGACAUUGUUGCAGUUUGCACAGGGAUGGCACAGGAUGUAAUCCAGCAGGUUCAUUUCAAACUGUUUACAAAGCUGGUGGGCCUGUUUUACUUCCAAUAAGGUUAUUAUUAGGCCUGGAAGCUGCCUCCUGAGAAGUUUCUUAUUUUUUUUAAUAUAUUUUAUUAUAUUCAAAAGGACAUUUUUCCAUGAGAAAUACUUCUUUUUGAGUGAUGAAUUAGAUUUACAAAUCAAACGCACUGGUUCCCUUCACCAUCUGCAGUGUUUGCAGUACCCAGUGUCCAGCCCUUGGAUAGCCAUAUGCAUUUGGAAGCAAAAACACACACCAUCCAAAAAGAAUCUACACCCAAUGCCCCUGUCGUCUUUGUCUGCACCGUGGGACUGUCCCGUGUCACUGUGCUUGUCACUGUCUGCUUUUCUGGUGUUUGUCUGGUCAAGAUUCACUCACGCACACAGGCACGGACGGCCUGGAUACUUCCUGCUCAUCUGGUGUCAAGCUUUGAACAUCACUGUGCUGACCCUACCUCACACUUGCCAAGAUUUGGUGUCACAAGCGUGCCUUGCUGCCCAGCCUACAACGUGGCCAGCGUGCAGAAAUGCUGGGCCCACUUCAGGACAGGGGACUGCUCAAUGCCUGUCCACACAAGACAUGUCUUGAAUGUGCUGUGGGGGCAGAUUCUGGUCAGGGGACAUGCUCUGAGGCCCGUGUGCCCUGCAGUGAGGCGGCCUGCUGCUGUCGAACACGGAUCUCAGAGGAAGUGGAGAUCGGAAUGGGAGGCCGGUCUCCACAAAGCCCCCCUCAGUGCAUGCCAGCACCAGCAACCUGUCAGCACAGGUCUGUGGAAGGGGAAGUGAGGGCAUCUCUGAGAGCAUGCGGAACCAAACUGACUUAGUGGGGGCUGGGAAGACAAAGCCUCCUUCCAGGCGUGUGGGCUCCCGACUCGUAGUUACCUUCUGUUCACAGACAUUUACAGACACAAGUAACUAUAUUUUGAAGGUCUGCAAUACGUUCUUAUUUUUAAGAUUUAAAAUUCUUCAGGGGAAGGGCCAGUGAUAGGAUUCAGGAGGUUAAGGCGUGUGCUGCCAAGCCUGAGGACCUGAGUUCAGUCCCUGGGACUCACAGGGUGGAAGGCGAGAGCUGACUUCCACAGGUUGUCCUCUGACCUCCACACAUGUGCCGUGACAUGCAUGUACUCCUCCUACACACACAUGUACUUACACAGUAAAUAAAUUAAGUAAAUAAAUGUCACUUUAAAACUUUAAAUUCUGUGGGAUUGUCAAUAGGCUGUGAAGUACUAGUAAUUGAUAAAGGCUUUUCAGAGAAUUGUGCUUUCUGUUUUAUUAUUUAUACUUGAAUUGUGCAUGUUACAGAAAUGCUGAAAAACUUCAGAAAUAGUAAAUAAAAUAUUUUCCCCGGUGUUGUGAUGUACUUUCUUGUGUGCACAUCCAGGCCCUAGUCCUUGUCCUGGGCCAGCAAAGAGACCCCGUGUAGCAGCAAGCAAGCCUUUGUCACAUUGCCCUAACUCCACACCAAGUCUUCUGGGUGGCCUUGCUCUGUCCCACCGUAAAGGUGAAAUGGGUCAGCCUCUCCCCCCCCCACCCAGUGCCUCAUGACAGUGACUUGGCCUCAGGUCAUAGAGCAAAGACCACAAGACCUUUCCCAAGCAACUAGCCUUAAAAUAGACAGGAACUUGCUAUUCUUGUUCUUAUCUACGGAGGCUUUCAGAGGCACACACAAACUGCAACUCUUCAGGACACACCUAACUGCAUCUGAUGUCCAUUUAAGUUUUUAUAUUUUGCUAACAAUUAGGUUUUCUAUGUCUAAUAACCAAAUAUCCUGCAACAAGCUGUAGUUAAAACAUAUUUACCAAGCACAAC